GUGCGCGGUACCGCGAGGGAAGACAGCUCCGGGCUGGGGCUUGGGAGCGCGCGCGUGCGCCGUCGCGAGCUCGGCAGUGCCGGGGCCGCCGUGGGGGAGCGAGGGUGAGACCGCCGUGCGGGCCGCGGGGAUGUUCCGAAAGGCCCGGCGAGUGAACGUGCGCAAGCGGAAUGACUCGGAGGAGGAGGAGCGCGAGCGCGAUGAAGAGCAGGAGCCGCCGCCGUUGCUGCCACCCCCGGGCACUGGCGAAGAGCCGGGCCCCGGCGGCGGCGGCGGCGGAGGCGACAGGGCCCCCGGGGGGGAGGGGCUGCUGGGCCCGGGACCGCCGCCGCCGUCUGCGCUGACGCCGGGCCCCGGGACCGAGGCCGGGGGCUGCUUCCCGGGCGGCGCUGAGCCGGGCAACGGGCUGAAGCCGCGCAAGAAGCCGCGCGAGAACAAAGAGGUGCCCCGGGCCAGCCUCCUGAGCUUCCAGGACGAGGAAGAAGAAAAUGAAGAAGUUUUCAAAGUGAAGAAAUCAAGUUACAGCAAAAAGAUAGUGAAAUUACUUAAGAAAGAAUAUAAAGAAGACCUGGAAAAAUCGAAAAUUAAGACAGAACUCAACUCAUCGGCCGACAACGAGCCGCCUGUGGACAAACCGGGACACGCGAAGGACGCCGGCCCGGAGGACGGGGCCGUGCUGGGCGAGCGCGGCGAGGACGAGAUGGACGUGGAGAGCGAGAAGGAGGAGGGGAAGGCCAAGGCCGGCGGGGCCUUCGCGGACGCCCUGUCGUCUCUCAACGUCCUCCGUCCAGGGGAGAUCCCCGACGCGGCGUUCAUCCACGCCGCCAGGAAGAAGCGCCAGAUGGCCCGGGAGCUGGGCGACUUCACCCCCCACGAGAGCGAGCCUGGGAAAGGCCGCCUCGUCCGGGAAGACGAGAACGACGCCAGCGACGACGAGGACGACGACGAGAAGCGCCGGAUCGUGUUCUCUGUGAAGGAGAAGUCGCAGCGACAGAAAAUCGCCGAGGAGAUAGGUAUUGAGGGGAGCGACGACGACGCCCUAGUGUCCGGAGAGCAGGACGAGGAGCUCAGCCGGUGGGAGCAGGAGCAGAUCAGGAAGGGAAUCAACAUCCCACAGGUUCAAGCAAGCCAGCCCACCGAAGUGAACAUGUACUACCAGAAUGCCUACCCGGCCAUGCCUUACGGCUCCUCCUACGGCAUUCCUUACAGCUACACGGCCUACGGAUCGGCUGAUGGCAAAUCUCAAAAAGCAGAUAGUACCGCCCCUUUCAAAACCCCCAGUAACGAGACGACUCCCGUCACUAUUGAUCUGGUAAAGAAACAGCUGAAAGACAGGUUGGACGCCAUGAAAGAGGCGCACAGAGCCAACCAGCAGCAGCGCGAGAAGCACCUGCGCAGCCGCGUGGACUCCACCCGGGCGAUUGAGAGACUGGAAGGGUCCUCGGGGGGUACUGGUGAACGGUAUAAGUUUUUGCAAGAAAUGCGAGGGUAUGUCCAAGACUUGCUUGAGUGUUUCAGUGAAAAGGUGCCCCUGAUUAACGAGCUCGAGUCCGCGGUACACCAGCUGUAUAAACAGCGAGCCUCCCGCCUUGUCCAAAGACGACAAGAUGAUAUUAAAGAUGAAUCCUCGGAGUUUUCAAGCCAUUCAAAUAAGGCUCUGAUGGCGCCGAACCUCGACUCCUUCGGGCGAGACCGGGCCCUGUGUCAGGAGCACGCGAAGCGCCGGAUCGCCGAGCGGGAGGCUAGGAGGACUCGGCGGCGGCAAGCCCGAGAGCAGACCGGGAAGAUGGCGGACCAUCUCGAGGGCCUUUCCAGUGAUGACGAAGAAACGUCCACGGACAUCACCAAUUUCAACCUGGAGAAAGAUCGCAUUUCAAAAGAGUCCAGCAAGAUCUUUGAAGACGUCCUGGAGAGCUUCUGUUCCAUCGACUGUAUUAAGUCACAGUUCGAAGCGUGGCGCUCAAAGUACUACACAUCCUACAAGGACGCUUACAUCGGCCUGUGCCUGCCGAAGCUGUUCAACCCCCUCAUACGGCUGCAGCUCCUCACCUGGACUCCUCUCGAGGCCCAGUGCCGGGACUUCGAGAGCAUGCUGUGGUUCGAGUCCCUGCUGUUCUACGGCUGCGAAGAGCGGGAGCAGGAGCGGGGCGACGUGGACGUGGCGCUGCUGCCCACGGUCGUGGAGAAGGUGCUCCUUCCCAAGCUGACAGUGAUAGCGGAGAGCAUGUGGGACCCUUUCUCUACGACGCAGACGUCGAGGAUGGUCGGCAUCACGUUGAAGCUAGUGGACGGGUACCCCUCAGUGGUGAACGCGGGGAACAGGAACACGCAGUUGUACCUGAAGGCGCUCUUGCUGAGAAUGAGGAGAACUUUGGACGACGACGUGUUCAUGCCCUUGUAUCCCAAAAACGUCCUAGAAAACAAAAACUCGGGGCCCGCCUUGUUUUUUCAGCGGCAGUUUUGGUCGUCAGUUAAGCUGCUGGGGAACUUUCUCCAGUGGAGCGGCAUCUUGUCGAACAAGACCCUGCAGGAGCUGGCCAUAGACGGCUUGUUGAAUAGGUACAUCCUCAUGGCCUUUCAGAACUCGGAGUGCGGAGACGACAGCAUCAAGAAAGCCCAAAAUGUCGUCAGCUGCUUCCCCAGGCAGUGGUUCGCGAACCUGCAGGGAGAGCGGACCAUUGCCCAGCUGGAGAACUUCUGUCGGUACCUGGUGCACUUGGCGGACACGCUCUACAGGAACAGCAUCGGCUGCUCUGACGUGGAGAAGAGGAAUGCCAGGGAGAACAUAAAACAGAUAGUGAAACUCCUCGCAAGUGUCCGGGCCCUGGAUCAUGCUAUGUCUGUUGCAAGUGACCACAAUGUGAAAGAGUUUAAGUCUUUGAUUGAAGGAAAAUAGAUCUAUGAAACUGAGAAGCCUCUUGCUUUAAUACCAUUCCUAAUGUAUAAAUUUUGUACAUAUGUAAAGUUUCUUAAACUGUAAAAUGGUUGUUGUUUUAAUACAAAGAACAUUAAUAUUCAACUCCGUGUGCCGACCUGCGAUUUCUCCGGAAUGAAAGGGGUUCAGAGCAUUUCUCGGGAGGCGAUGAGUGUUUUCCUCACUGCUUGUCGCCCUCGGGUCACAGGAGUGUCUUACAUGCGUGUGCAGCUCACCCGCCCAUUGGUUCUCUGUGGACAGUGCGUGCUGUCCGGCGGCGGCGGCCUGCGUCUCUGUCUGCCACCGUGGAGGUCCUGUCACCCCGGAAGUUCGUGCUGUUUUUCUGCAGAGCGAGUCUUCUAGCAGCAGAGGAUUCCUCUGCAGCAAAUGUCGUAGGGAAACCGCUCCUCUGUCGAACAAAGGGCUGGCAAGUGACCUGGCGGUCCCCGCCCCCCCCCGGGCCCCGGCGCUGCAGUCCACCGCGGGUCUCCUGUGGGCUCCGCCGCGCGUAGCACAGGCUUUUAAAAACACGGAAGUUUUCGUUUUUGGCAACGGUGGACCUGCUGUCCAGCUGCAGGGGUUUGGGCUGACCGUCCCGUCUCCUCGUGAUUUCACGCCCUGGCCAGCUUUUACAAGUGCAUGCAUCUGCAGUCGGUGGUCUGUACACUCGAACCCCCACAUGCGUGCGUCACACAUGCAAUAAAGAACACGCCUCACUGGUCCGCCGCACACCUCGGCAGUUCAGUACCCAAGGUCGUCUGCCACGUGUCUACCCUGCCGUGAGUAUUCGGAGAACUUGUUUUCAAGUUUAUGCCUUCUGAUUUGUGGUUUUCAAAAGAGGAACUUUUUGGAAAUUAAGGACUAUUGUUUGAUAAUUAUAUGUAAUUAAGCUUUAGCCAAGCAUUAAAUUAAUUUUCAGUUUG